AUGGGAACUGUCGGCGACGCGGCUUCCGAUGGCGGCGCGAAGAGGCGGGGGUGCUCUUGCACUAAGGAGGACUUCCUGCCGGAGGAGUCGUUCCAGAACUGGGGAACCUACCGGAGGGCCAUGAGAGAGACGUUUCCGAGGCUGUGGGACCGGGUGACCUCGCGAUCGCUGGAACAGUUGGAGCUGACGGAGGUGAAGGCUCGGAGCGGGCACGAGAUGAAGAAGAACCUGACUUGGUGGGACCUGAUCUGGUUCGGGAUCGGCGCCGUCAUCGGGGCCGGCAUCUUCGUCCUCACUGGCCUGGAGGCCCAGACCGCCGCUGGCCCAGCCGUUGUCAUCUCCUACGUUGUCUCGGGCAUCUCCGCCAUGCUCUCCGUCUUCUGCUACACAGAAUUCGCCGUCGAGAUCCCCGUUGCAGGUAAGAAAAUACACACCUCCCUUUUUCCUGGUCGCAAGUAGGACAUCCCUUGUUCUGUCUUCAUCCACUUUUCCCGCCGAACGUGGACGCGACGGAGAAGAAGAUAAACACGCCAUCUGCCCGAUUUGUUUUGCCGUCGUCGCCCGUUGACUAACGCCCCCCACAACCCUCUUCGGUGUCGGACCAGGUGGGUCCUUCGCGUACCUGCGAGUGGAGCUGGGGGACUUCGCGGCGUUCAUCGCCGCCGGGAACAUCCUGCUGGAGUACGUGAUCGGCGGCGCGGCGGUGGCGCGGUCGUGGACGUCCUACUUUGCAACGCUGCUCAACCACCGGCCCAACGACUUCCGCAUCCACGCGCCGGCGCUGGCGGAGGAGUACAACCGGCUCGACCCCAUCGCCGUGGUGGUGGUGGCGGUCAUCUGCGUCAUCGCCGUGGUCAGCACCAAGGGCACCUCCCGCUUCAACUACAUCGCCUCCAUCCUCCACCUGCUGGUCAUCAUGUUCAUCAUCGUGGCGGGGCUGACCAAGGCCGACACCAAGAACCUCUCCGACUUCACCCCCUUCGGCGCCCGCGGCAUCUUCGACGCCUCCGCCGUGCUCUUCUUCGCCUACAUCGGCUUCGACGCUGUCUCCACCAUGGCGGAGGAGACGAAGAACCCCGGCAGGGACAUCCCCAUCGGGCUGGUCGGCGCCAUGAGCAUCACCACCGUCAUCUACUGCGUGAUGGCGCUGACCCUCUGCCUCAUGGUGCCCUACAAGGAGAUCGACCCCGACGCGCCCUUCUCGGUGGCCUUCUCCGCCGUGGGCAUGGACUGGGCCAAGUACAUCGUCGCCUUCGGAGCGCUCAAGGGGAUGACGACGGUGCUGCUGGUCUCCGCCGUCGGCCAGGCCCGGUACCUAACCCACAUCGCCAGGGCCCACAUGGUGCCCCCCUGGCUGGCGAAAGUCCACGGGAAGACCGGCACGCCCAUCAACGCCACCGCCGUCAUGCUGCUCGCCACCGCGAUCAUCGCCUUCUUCACCCAGCUGAGCAUCCUCUCAAACCUGCUCUCCAUCUCCACCCUCUUCAUCUUCAUGCUCGUCGCCGUGGCCCUCCUCGUCCGCCGCUACUACGCCGCCGGCCGCACCACCCCGGGCGACCGCAUCAGGCUCGCCGCCUUCCUGCUGCUGAUCGUCGCCGCCUCCAUCGCCACUGCCGUCUACUGGUCCACCGAGGAAGAUGGCUGGUGGCCGUACGUGAUCACCAUCUCCGUCUGGUUCCUCUCCACGCAGGGGCUGCAGGCGAUGGUGCCCAAGGCGAGGGAGCCGACGGUUUGGGGGGUGCCGCUGGUGCCCUGGCUGCCCUCGGCCUCCAUCGCCAUCAACAUCUUCCUCAUGGGCUCCAUCGACGGCAAGUCCUUCGAGAGGUUUGCCAUCUGGACUGCUUUCCUCCUCCUCUACUACUUCUUCAUCGGUCUCCACUCCUCCUACGACACCGCCAAGGCAGCCGCCGCCGCCAACACCCAGCAGCCGCUCAAGACACUCGAGGAGGGCGCCGCCCGCCAUUAA